AGCUUAAAGCCAGAAAGACUGAACAAUCAUAUUGAAUUAAAUUUCGUUUUGUCAUAUUGAAGCGGAAAAUAAAAGAAAUUGCAACGCAAAAUCUGUUGAUAACACUAACAAUAAACGUAAUGCUAAUAAUGUUAAUUACUCGAAGAUAAACAUUGUUAAGUAGUUGAAAAUAUUAUCAAAUGGUUCGCUUCUCGUUGCAAAAAUGUCAGUGGUCGAGAAGAAAGUCAUCACGAUGAUCACAGCGUUGCCAGUGCCCUCGGUGAAGGUGUUUCACAAAACCUACUAUCAGGAAAAAGGGUCCAGGAUAGGGAGCAGUCAGCCUGGAAGUCCUUUGGCCGAGAGUGAAGCAGUGCUGGCGCUAGUUGACAAAGAACCUCCGGAAUACUAUUUCUGUGGAAAGGUUAAUUCUUUGCACGUGGUGGUUGGGUCACUGCUGUUGGGUGCAGUGGUGUUGGUGGUAGGCCUGGUGCAGCUCGCACCUGGGGCAGAAGCUGCACAAAACUCGACCGCCCUUAUUGUCGUCGGAUGUAGCCUGCUGGUGAUUGGUGUGUUCCUCGCGCCCCUCAGAGCUUUGUGCAUCAAGAAACAAAAGGCUGCUCAGAAGGACGGAACGCAUCAAAGAAGUGUCACCAGCAUAGACAUGCUCUUGGCUCAACACAGGGACUUCACGGUGCUGACGCCGGAUGAACUGGAGGACCUCGUCGGCCGACCAACCUCCGCCCUGGAGAAUAAAAUCCGCAAGCAGGGCCACAAUACCUAGGUGUUGUCGGCCUCGAGGAAGGCCCAUUCAUCGUCACCACCGUGCUCGAACACACCAUCGUCAUCGACGUCGCCAGGAACUAGCUCAUCCAUUCUCUACACGCAUCGUUACGACUCUCGUGAACACAGUCUGGUUUAAGCAAGAAACGAAACGUAAAAAAAGAAAAGAAGCGAAAAAACAGAAGUGGCAGAAGAAAAGACGAGAAAAAGACAAGGGGAAAAAGAAAAACUGGCGUGCUUGACUUCUUUUUUUAGACAGAAUCGAUGUUUCGACUAUUGUGCACGCAGCGAACAGCUGUUUCUUUCUACGAAGGUUGCGCACGCCUGCCUUUAGCUUGCGGUAAAUAUCUUGCGGUAAAUAUCUUAAACCCAAAGGCGAUCGAGUGAAAUGUCACGGAUACAAGAACGGGUUACGGUAUUCUCUUUCAGUUGAUAAGCACCUCGCGAUAGACUCUCGCCUACAAAAGUCAGUAUGUAUGUGGUACGUCCGUGUUCUAUCCGAUUGAUUGUCGCUUCGUGAACAUUGGACAAUUGCUCCGGGUACAAUGAUAUGCAUGAGAAAUCGCUGAAAAAUCGACCUGUGAAUCGAAGAAAAUUCGAUGACAAUGAUUAAGGAAGAUAUCGACUAGAAAUCUCUCGUACGUGCGAAAGAAACUAUGAAAGGAAAGUGAUAACGAUGACGAAGGUAAUCAAUUGGACUGACGAUCUCUUUCCCGAUCGUGAACGUUCUCUUCGCAAAACGAUUGGACGAAUCAGAAUCGUUUGCAACGAGUCGCGUUAACGAAUAGUGCAGGAAUACCAUCGUUCAAUUCGCACAAAAUGAUGCAAAAAAAAAAAAAAAAAAAAACAUUGAAGCAAAAAGGGACCUAAUUACCGGCUGCCUUCCUUUGAUCAUCGUUUAAAACUCUCUCGAUUCGCUUGUAGAGGAUACUUACGAUUAGUUUCUUAAGCACAUUGCGGACGUUCUUUUCGUUUCAGAGCAAUAGCUUCCUUGCUCGCGUAUGAAUUCCUCUGCGAAUAUUUUUAAUAGGAGUAGAGUCGUGCAACGUAUUUUUAAGUAUAGUUAAUCUCCCGUGAUCGUUCGUUGGCUCGCCAAAGAAGAAAAGGAAAGAACAUCGUCCAGAACUGCGAAAACAAAACCCAAUGCACGCGAAUUACGUUUUAGCCUUUGCACCACUUAUCGCUUGAUAAGGGCUUGAGAGUAGCGUUUCGAACGCGACGAGAUCGACUUGUGCGCGUGAAACUUUCGUCUCACUCGUUCAAGAGCGUAGACAACGAAACUGGUCGUUCUUCGAACGAACAGAAUGGAACGUGUUCGUCGUCGAAGAACCUAGUUUGUUGCUCGUUCACAAAGAUCUUCGACUGAAAAGGGAAAGAUCGGAUUGCGAAUUAAGCGGAUGAUUAAUCGAGUUGUAAAGAAAAAAAAAAAAAAAAUGACCCAAAGGCUGCUUCAUGGCUAACGAUCACUGAAAGUUUUCGAUUGUUCGAGACAUCGUUUACCACAAGAGACCAAAAAAAAAAAAAAAAAAAGUAAUUUCGUUCGAGACUUCAUUGUGUUCAAAUCGCCAAGAUACAAGUCUGACUCUCAAGUAUGUUAACCCUUUAAACGUUAUUACGUCUAAAAAAAAAAAAGAGAGAAAAAAAAACGUAAAAUAAAAAUUUAGAUUCACCGAUCGAGCAUCGUGCCGCGGACAAAAAUGAGGAAAUCGUACAAUUGUAAAGUUUUUUGUAUGAAAAUUUAGAAACGAUUGUGACACGUUGAUUGCUUCGUUACAACUGUUCACUUCGCGCGACGAAAGAGAACGGAAAAUUGGGGAGCGGGGGAAAAAAGGAACGAAAGAGGACAAGUAAGUGAAUUUUCACACGCGUCGAUGGCGUGCGAUGCUUAGAACUUAGCGAUUUGGAAACGAUCAAAUCGAAUCGCGUAAGUAGCUUGGAGCGGCCUUGUUACAAGUCAACAGACACCCUGCAGAUACUCGCAGAAUAUUUUUAGCCGGGCCCAAGUGCCCGUUCACUUGCCAGUAAUACAUUAAGUAAAUAAACUCUCACAUUAGUAAGUAUCUAUCACCGCAUGAUUAUACUUGCACAUAUCUUCGAGUAUAUUAAGUAGUAGCUGUAAACGAAUUUGGAAGACUAUGGAUAAAUGUGAAGAGAGAGAGAGAGGGGGAGGGAGAAUAUUUUACACAAAACAGUGUGACGAGAGUCGAUAUCUUGAAGGAGGAACUUCUUAACUGAAGAAAAAAAAUCAUAUCGAAUUAAUAAUCCACGUGAUUCUCGAAUCAACUUACGGACGAGUUAGAUCUUUUGAUAUUUCGUUUCCAUCAUUGUUUAGAUAAUAACGACGACGUACCUAGCAUUUACCCUAGCACAGUUUCUUUGACAUUCAUCUACUCCACCAAAGCCAUAUGCAUAUGUACGUAGACAUGCACCAAGUGAAGAAGGGAACGACAGUUACUUUCAGAUUUCGAGUUCCUGCUAAAUUAUCACUACAAUAUCUUGUCAAUACUGUCUGUGUUCGAUGAGAAGAAUGAUCAAUUCGAACGAGGGAAGCGAGAACAAAAAUGAGAAGACCCAUUGGUCUCGCUGAUUGUUAGAAAAAGAAAAAAAAAAAAAAGAAAAAAGGAAGAAAAGAAGAGAUGACUCACUGAGACGAGACACCUCACUCGAGACACUUCGCGAACGUUAGCUAAUAAGCUAGUGAAUUUUACGAGCGAUAUAUUUCAUAAAAUAUUUUUAUGGUCGACGAAAAUACGACGGGAGGGUUUAAAGGAACAAAGUGAGGAGAAAGGUUUGCGAUAUAUAUAUAUAUAUAUACAUACAUAUAUAGAUAUACGUAUACAUGUGUCUUUUAAAUCAGCAAUUCAUUUCGCGAACGUUUGUCGGACAGAUAUGUACGACAAUUGUGUACUGUGUACUUGAACCAUAUCAGGACUGUUACGUAUUUCAUUGGGUCAGCACGUUUCGUUGAAUUCUCGCGAUGCACGUUUUCUAUAUGGUUUUCAGCAUCGUUCGUGCGAUAUCAAACCAGAGAAGGGUUUCAUGGGUGUUUUCAAGAUUUCUCAUCGCGCAACGAUAUAUCGUAACGUCGCAUCAUAAUAAUCGUGGAAUGACAGAAACGAAUGUGACGCGGUCCAUUUAGCUAAUGUGGCCGUUCGAAUGAGAUCGUGGAACACAAUUGAUGAUAAUAUUCCGUUCCACGAAAAGUAACCGUAGAAAAAUUCGUGGUUUUCAUCGAUCGUUCAAAGACGAUUCGAAGGCGAUUCGAUCGAAGUGAGGCCACGAGCGCUGAAACAUACCGGAAGACGAAUAUUAAUAAAUUAUGUGCUUCAUAUUACGAAACAUAAAUCGAUGUUUAGGCUUAGUCCAUAGGCGUUAAGGCUGCUCGUUCGUGUGUUAAAGAGAGGGUGGAAUGAAUGACAUUCUCGAUGGAAGAUUAAAAGAUAUUGUGGAAUUUAGAGGUAAUUUGUUCGAGAGAAAGAGAGAGAGAAAGAGAGAGAGAGAGAGAAACGAUCGUACCGAAUCCAGAAAGGCUGUUAGGAUCAUAUUACAUUUUCUAUUUCACGUGUAAUAUAAAUGACAAUUCGUCCUAGGAUUCGAUUCGCGUUACGCGCCCAGAUUAUGAUAGAUGAUCGUGUUGUAGCAAAUAAUUCGUACAAUUCGUGAAGCAUUAGAUUCGUGUAAUUUUAAUAUUGAAGUGUUGAUAAUAAUCUUCCUACAUUGGCCACUUAAUUCAAUAGAAUGAUAGUAAUACAGUACAAGAUUAAAGUUAGUGUUAAAUCAAAAGACCUUUAAUGAAAAAAAUAAAUUUCUAUUUUUCCGCAAGCCACAAUAAACUUUAACAACUUAAAAUCUAAUGUCUUUGUAAAAGUAAUUCACGUCCAAUGAAAUCUAUAUUGUUGUCAUACGUAUCUUAACGUCUUACCACACGUUACUAAAAUUGCAAUGGAAUUUUAGAAAAAAAUACCAUUUCCUUAAUUUCGUAAGUUAUGGCUUUAUUCUCUAUCGCAUAUAAUUGAAUCAAGUAACUGAAAAUGUCUACAAUACGCGGUUUCCUUUAACGAUAAUUACUUCAUAUUUGAUUCGAUCGAUAACUACCUUUGUCUGGGCGUAUAGAACGAAUCCGGCGACACGAUCAUCGUGACAAAUUUAUCACUCGAAAUUUUUACCAAUUUUCUCAUCGAUGGUUAAUGAAUAACGACGCGUACGAUGUUAUUUUCUAAAGCAAAAGAAAAAAGAAAAAAAAAAAAAAAGACGACGAAUACAGACUAUAGUGAACGUUUAAAUAGCGUUUACAUCAUCAUUUAUUGGGAUUGGAAAUGAAUACAGCUGGAUUGAUCGUGGAAACGUUAUUAAAGGAUCACGAUCGGUUUCGUUUUCAAUGAUCGCUAGUAAUCAUAACGAUAAUGACGUAAGAUUAAACGAUAACACUAUGUAAUUAAUGUAAGUUACCAUAAGUAAGGAAACAUAGAACAUGGAUAGACGAGGUAGCAUUCAUUUUCGAAUAAUUCUCGAGCAACAAAUUCACGCCUGCAAGUUUUUCCUUUUCGUUCACGGGCAAUGGACGCCUAGUUUUUCGAAAAUCAAAUCCUUCUUGAUCCUUCUCGAUUGAAACGAACGAACGCUGAACAAAUUACGUCAACGCUCUGUCAUAACGAAUGAAGAAGCACGAAGAGAAGCAGUUCGAUAAUGUGAAUUAACGUGUUGCAGAUUAAUUUAGUUACGUAAAAAUAUCCACUUCGUUUUACGAUUAUAAUACUAUCAGCGUUUCGUUCCACCAAUUAUUGGGAUCAACGAAGGUGGCGCGUUCACAUUCUUUUAUUUUCUGCAACGAGCAAUGAAUUUCAAAGGAAACAUAUCUAUCGAGCAAGCGCGAUACGUAGAUAACUAUUUUUUCAUUGCCAUUAGUAUAUACAGCAGAAUGAAGUAAAAAAAAAAAAGAAGAAAAAAAAGGAAAAAAAAGAAGAAGAAAAAGGGAAAGAGCGAUUGAAACGACGCUAGACACGCCGCUACUGAACAUUCGUUUAUUAUCAAACGACAUCCCAUUUUCGCUGAGAUUUCCUUCUACAGUGAGAGACGUUUGCCUUAAUUUGUAAGAUGUCCGCUUCCUUUACAUAUAUAAAUACAUAUAUCUUAGAAAGAGUUAGCAAAAACGUAUAGUUUCGACGAGAAGGGGGAUAAAUAUGAAUACGUUUCUAGGCGAGCAAGCAAUUAUUUUCGAGAACGUGAAGUAAUUUGUAACAGAUAAAGAGGCAGAGGGAAAGGAAAAUAGGGCGGCGGAAAUAUUUUCGGGAGAAACGAAAAAAUUUGGAUUCUCUGUUCGUUUGCGAGUUUAUUUCGCGUCGCGUGUAGAACGCGAACAUUCUCGAUGCUGAAAUUGUAGUUCCUUAUCGUUUCGGACUGGAAAAUUAGUUCCCUUCUUAUCUGACGUUUCAUUAAUCAGUGUCGUCGAUAUCCCGAGACAUUGUAUUUCUCCCUAAAAUAUUGCUCCCAUAAGUAGUACUUAAUAUGAAGCGAAUCUGGGUAAGGUGCAACAAGGAAAAGUUUCAAAAUUUUCAAACCGAAAACGAGGGAAGGUACAUAAUCGUCCUAAGUUUGCAAUGAUUGUAAACGCAUCGUUCAUUCAAGAUUGAGUCAUUUUCAUUUCAUAAAUAGAUCGACUACCACGUUCUUUAAUGAAUUCGAAGCUACUCUGAUUUAUCAUAAAUUCGAAAUCGAAAUUGCAAUCCUAACUCUCGUAAUAAGUGAUAAAAAUUACGUAUAUGAUUUUUACGGUAGAGGUUCAUCAUAUUCAGUUGUAUAGAAUAAUUAAUAACGAGGGUAAAACAGAUUUCUUGUUGCAUGUUGAUAUCCAGUUUAAUAUUAAGUCAUUCAACGCACAUAUUUAGCUGUAAGAAUUUUUAUAAUGGUGCUCUAUGAGAUCGUCUCUGCCGUCGAAUGCUGAUAUCAUCACACAAAUUUGUCUCCUUUCAAUAUCAAGAAUUUUCAUUUUGUCGCUUAUUGAAGUUAAAAAGAAAAAAAGAGAACGAGAGAGAGAAAGAGAGAGAGAGAGAGAAAGAAAUCGAAAGCAUAUUGCGUGUACAUCUUCGGCUUAUCCCAUGGAACUUAUUCCACGGUACACGCGCUGAGUACUUUUUAUUGUAAAUAUUAGAAUACUUAACGAAAGGACAUUGAAUGGUGAUAAAAAAAGACAGGGAUAGAAUGAGUUUAUCAAUGCGCAAUGAUGAUUCUUUUGUUGGUCAUCGGGAACGUUUGAUGACAGUAAAAAUACUUUAUUAUCGUUAUUAUAUCCUUAUUAUAUAUAAAUAGCCGUUUAAUGACCAAUUGGGACGUCACGAUGAAAUUCUUAAGGCGAAUUUUAAUUCAAAUUACUGAUGGACGGUUUUUAAUCCGUGUCUGAUAAAAAAAAAAAAAAAGAAGAAGAAACA